AUGAAUCCUUCAAUCUCAUCAACCUAUACGCUUCUUCUUUUACUUGUUUACUGUUCUCCAUGGAUUCUACAAGCGCGUGGCCAGUCGUUUGACCUGUCAUACAGCAUCGAUGAAGAAGUCCCCAUCAAUACAGUAGUUGGCAGUGUGGGCAGAGAUUCAAACAUACACCAACUGCUCAGUCACGAGGACUUCGCCACCCUAAAAUAUCGGGUACUCCUCUACCCGGAAACGCACAAUAAUUUCUUUACAAUCGACAACACAACAGGGGUUUUAAAGACGGCUUCGUUGAUUGAUCGCGAGACUCUUUGUUUUUACGAGAUAGUCUGUAAGUUAAGUAUUCAUGUAGCAGCACAGACAGACUCCGGUCAGCAGUUUUAUACCUUCAAGAUUACAGUGUUUGUCAAAGACAUCAAUGAUCACUCACCAACGUUCAGCAUCUCCACAAUGAACGUGAAGAUUGACGAGGAUGCGGCCUUGUCCACCUCAAUCCCCAUCAUGUCGGCCACGGAUCGUGAUAUUCUUAACAACACCAUUCAGAGGUACACCUUGUCCACCAACAGCGAUAUCUUCGGGCUAAAGCUUUACGUGAAGUCUGCCAUGGACCGUGAGAGACAGCCUCACUACUUCCUCAAAGUGCUGGCCCUGGACGGCGGGACACCCAGGAGAUCCGGAGAGCUCACGGUCAACGUCACACUGAACGAUGUCAACGAUAACGCCCCGAGAUUCUCGAAGCAGAUUUAUGACGAGUCUGUGGCGGAGACGGCUCCUAUUGGACAUAAGGUGACAAGCUUGUCUGCAGUUGAUGAGGACAUGGGCAAUAAUGGCCGGGUCACAUUCAGACUUGGAGCGAGACAAUCUGAGGAAGCUUUCAACACAUUCCGCGUGGUGGCCAACACAGGCGACAUUUUAACUCUUCGAGAUCUAACCCCACUACAAGGCCAGACUUUGCGGCUUGUGGUCGAGGCUGUGGAUCAAGGUGUCAAGUCUCAGACUGCCCAGGCCGUUGUCAACAUCCACGUUUUAGACACAGUCAACAACGCACCCAUAAUUCGCAUGACUAUUCCGCCAGGGUCUCCAGUUUCCCGGAUCAGCGAGAGCGCCUCUCCUGGAUUUGUGGUUGGUCAUUUCCUGGUACAAGAUGCUGACUCUGGUGAGAAUGGUGCAGUCAGUUGCCAUCUCAGAGAUGACACGUUUGGUCUUCAGCGGCUGAAGGAGUCUGAAUAUAAAGUAACAGUGUACAAUAACUUGGACAGAGAAAGAGUCCCACGUUACGAAGUGAUUGUAAAAUGCGUAGAUGGGGGCACUCCCUCAUUAACAUCAACGGUUGCCUUCACUGUCAUCCUUGAAGACGCCAACGACAAUCCUCCGAAAUUCCUCCGGCCUAUCUAUCGGGUGAACAUUAGUGAAAAUAUCAACAGUUUUAUCCUAAAAGUUGAAGCCGAGGACAUGGAUUUGGGUCAAAAUGGCAGUGUCAAUUACAGACUCGGCGACGUCACGCCUCUUGUGGCUUCUCACAUUCACAUCAAUCCAAAUACAGGGGAGAUAAACACCAAGCAGAUGCUGGACCAUGAGCUGUUCAAACAGCUGGACUUUCAAGUAGUGGCUACAGAUGCAGGAACUCCAAGUCUUUCGUCUACAGCUAGGGUUAUAAUAGACGUCAUUGAUCAAAACGACAAUAUGCCACGUGUCCCAAACGGAUAUUCUUUGACUGUCCCAGAAAACAAACCCCCUGGUACCUACAUUGGACGCAUUAAAGCCAUCGACCCGGACGAAGGGCCUGGUGGAAAAAUUGGAUAUCAACUUCGCUCUGAUAAUGACGCGACAAAGUUUUUCAACUUAAGCCAAAAUGGGGAGAUCAGAACUCUGAAGACGUUUGACCGGGAGAAGAAGUCGGUUUACGACAUAGACAUCCUAGCUUGGGAUCAUGGAACCAACCCUCAAACCAACGAUCUUCAUGUAAGAAUCCUGAUCUCUGAUGUCAAUGACCACUCGCCGGUGUUUGAGUUUCCUAACUCCAACAACAAAACAGUCCACACGACUUUAGAGUCCAGGUACAACAGCACUGUGACCACAGUGUCGGCCAGUGACCAGGAUAUUGGGGAGAAUGCCACCUUAACAUAUACUAUUGUGGACGGUGCUAGAGAUGUGUUUGAAAUAGAACCUAAAACAGGACGCGUGUACACUGUUAGAACCCUCUACACUAACGACAAAGGAACCUACACCAUGUCCCUGUUUGUGAGGGACAACGGCGCCCCUCCGCUGUCUACUACUGGUACUCUGGUUGUUGUCAUUGCCCAGGGUAACGGGACAGUGGCUGCUAGCACACUAGGUUCCAAUGAACACAUCAUCAUUGUGGCAAUCCUAGUGGGCAUCACAAUUUUCAUUGCCAUUGUAGUUUUCCUUAUCGUUAUUCGAUUUUCUAAGAGAGGAGACAGAAACAGAAGAACAAAAUACAUUGCAGGUAUUCCCAUUGAUGCCAAGGCGAGAACUCCGAUAACCGAAGAGCAAGGAUCCAGCGACGAAGAGCCAUGGAGAAAUUACGACUCAGGAAAGAAACAAAACGGUCCUGUGAUGGCUGGAGACGCUGCCUAUGAAGUGAAUGAUGACAUUAUUAUGUUCAAACUGAAGUUGACUGACCAAUAUCGAGAAUACGAACCAGAAGAUAAG